AUGAACAUGUUGGACGUAGAAGACGACAGCUUUCAUGUCACACGUGAAGGCUACUCCCAUCUGAGUGACUCGGAAUGGGAGAUAGUCGGCCGCAUGAGUGUGCUCAUGGGCGAACCCGCUAUCAGUGGUAUGUUGGAGUCUCUAAGCAGAGACCAGCAACAUGCUGCUAUCAACAAGAAUCUACAAGGGGGACUUGCCGUCGAAAGACAGAAGAUAGCCUCGAUACAGCAGCAGGGCUCUCAUCAGUCGAUGGGUGGGCCGACGCACACGCAUCGACCCGAAACCUUGAAGAUUGAUAUCACAAGGUACAAGGGAACCGAUGAAGAGUCCCUUUUGGGAUGGUUUGUCGAAUUAGAUGACGCCAUCAGGGCCCGUCACAUCGAGGGUGACGAGAUGCAAGUCACCUUCGCCCUGUCAAAUUUGACAGGACGAGCAAAGACUUGGGCCUAA